CGAGUGUUAUUAGUGUUAUCUAACGUUCCACGCUUCGGUUCGCGGCGCGCGAACGAUUCGGGGGACCGGAAGUGCGACUCGGGAAUGGCGAACACUGGGUCGAAGCGACGAGAACGAAGAACGGCCGACGCGACAUCGGUUUUCCCGUGGCAAACGGAUCGAAGAUUCGCCGCGAUCGAUCGAAACGCAACGCGCGUCGCGGCGCAAGGACGAGCGUUUCAGGACGGACAUGCCCGCCGUCGACGAGGUCCCGCUGGACAGGCGUUAAGAGAAGAGACGCUCGAGGAACGCGGGAGACGCUAGCGAUCGGCGGCCCCCGAGUGGCAACAUGAGGAUCCUGGGCCUCGCCGUGGGCCUGUUGAUCAUGGGGCCGACGAUCGAGGGAAUGAACAUGCCGGAGGUCGAAUGCGGCGGCAAGUACUGCACCUCCAAAGAGUACUGCAACAAGUACAACAACCGAUGCCAGUCGUGCUCCUCCAUUUGCACCAACGGGAGCUCGAACUACCUGCCGAAGGAAUGCGCGAUUCACUGUCAAGAGUACCUGCUCGACCUGCGAUACGUGCUCAUGGAGGAGUACAAGAAUCUACAAAACGAAGUCGGGAGGCUGUCGAUCCUCGCCAUGGUCGCCAUCGCGGUGGCCCUGCUCUCGCUGUCGACAAUGGCGUACCUGCUCGCGAGCAGCCUGUUCAAAUGGAGAACCAUGCGAGGCGCCUUCCGCGGCACGUUUCCCGCCACCUGGCUAAAGAACAACACCGGGAACAAGAACAACAACAACAACCUGGAGAACAACAACAAGUCGUCGGACGACGUCGAAGCGGCCGCGUGCAGGCGGAACGGUCCGAGGCUCGCGAUGCCGACGAUCAGCGCGACCGUGGCUCCCGCCCGGAUUCCGGUGAACGGGAAGGAAAACGGAAGCGGCGCCGGAAAUGGAAACGGCCAGGGCCGCGGGCAGCCGCGGGAGAACGCCGGCACCUGUGACGCAAUCGAUAACGACACGCCGAACACGACCAGCACGUCGCUGUCCGGCAGACACCCGAGCGAAGACACCACUCUGGACUACGCUUACGACAAUCCCGCGAUGACGCCCAGCCCUGAGUCCGUGCAGAUCAGGACCAACCGCGAGAGCUCGUUUUAGUUUGAUACCAGAAGAGACAUGAACUGAUGUUGGUGUGGACCUCUGACGAAGGUGUUAGAAGGGCUUUGGAAUUUUUCAAUUGCAUUGCGUACUGGUAAUGAGAAAUCUCGUUUUUAUAUGAAGACUCUUAGCUAUAUAACUUUGAUACCACAGCGUUUAAGGGAAUAUUAAAUUUGAUUAAUUGUCCAUUUAACACUAGAACUAUCGUGUAUUUAAUACGAUUAAUGUAUGAUCCCCAUAAAAAUUGUAACUAGAUUAUUUUCUGUUUCUUCGGACACUCAUUAUAGUAGUCAAGUGAAACUAUUGAUUUUCAAUUUAAUUGUUUGAUAAUUAGCCAGUACGCAAUGUGUUAAAAUUAUUGUCCCAGUUUAGUAUGUGAAUUGACUAUUCGAGUUUUUUUAGUAAGGAUUUUAAGAUGAAGUGUAGGAAAUGCCCAAGAUUCAAUUGAGGACAUAUUUGGGGAAAUUUUAAGUGCAAGUUUCAGGUGUCUCUUGAGACCUUUGGUAGAAUUAGUGCUAAUUAAUUCGAGUGAAGAGCGAGAGCUCGUUUUAAUUUGCUACCAGAAGAGACAUGAACUGAGUUCUUAACACUAUUUCUGACGACGGUGUUAAAGACAGCUUUGGAAUUUUUCAAUUAAAAUUACUGUCCGAGUUUCCUUCCUUUUCAGGAGCGAUGAUAAAAUUCAUUACAGGAAAUGUCCAAAAUUCAAUUGACAGAUAAUUUAGGAAAAUAAUUUUAAGUGAAAAUUUCAAAUGUCUUGACACCUUCGUUAGAAACGGUGUUAACCGAUUCGAGUGAAGACUUUUACCCGGUUUUCGUGUAAGACCGGCUUAUCAAAGACCGUCGCGUUCACGAGCGUGUGAUAGUGAUAUAUUGAUACUUUCGCGACACACGGUUAAGGAUCAUAACGCUGUUAAUCAGAAAUCAGGAAUAAGUUCGUUUGCAAUUAGUGUACGUCGUUAUGAUCCUUAAUCCGUAUCGCUGACAUCAACGCGUUGACUGCCACGAGUUGUCUCAUACGAUCAUGAAACGUUUCAUUCGAUCCUUAUCAUUCGUCUCGAAGGAAUCCACGAGUGCCGGUCACCGGUGGCCGUCAACGCGUCGAACACGGCGUCGGCCAGCGGGACCGACGACCGGCAGCGAUAUCGAAUUGUACAUAGCGUAUGUUUAAGUACUUAAUCGCGUGCGCGCGAGCGCAAGCGCUACCGUUUCUACAUCCUUAUCAGUUCCGUCCAUGGAAGGCCUUUGGAGCGAAGGUACGCGGCCUCGGGCAACGGGGUCGCGCUUCGCAUAGGUCGGCGACGUUCACGCGCGAGUCCAGAUCGAUAAUCGAGUCGGAGCUGGUCGACUGGUUCAUUCUGAAUGCACACGGUUCGCAACUAAAUGCAGCUGCGGUUCUUUCAGAAGAAUAGAAUUCUUUGUCUUUGUUCUCUUUCGUCUUGCAUUUUUAUUCUUCCAAAAGAAUCAUGCGUCAUUUAGCUUACCUACAGCUAGUGCAAGGAAAUGACUACACGACAAUGUUGUCCUUAACCGAAAAAGUUAACACAUUGAGCGCUGGUCUCGAAAACGCGGGAUUCUGAGUCUACCGCUUGAGCGCCGCAAUAAUGAUUUCUGAAUGUCCAUUUCUGGAUUCGACGAAUAUGCAAUUAACACUAGGUUUACGAAACGCGUCGAAUUGACGCACAUUGGAUUUUAGAAAUAUUAUUUUGCAAAUGUUUACGCCGAUGAUUGAUGUCAUCACACUGACAUGUACCCGAAUUACCAUCAAAUCUCCAAUCUCCAUAAUCUAAAUGAACAAGCAUCAAUUCUUUUAGGAAUAGAAUGAAGUGUACAAUAACUGCCCGUGAACCUAGUGUUAAAAUGUACUAUUUUAACCGAUACAUUGCUCAGACUUUAAAUGUCUCUUAAGUCAGCGCUCAAUGUGUUAACAAACAGAAUGCAAGGAAGCGAGAUACAAGGCACGCGCGGCUCGCUCAACUCGGCUGCUCAAUCAACUUAGGUUUCCUAGCGUCUUUCGGAAGCCGGCGUGCUCGUCGUUCCUCGCUCCUCGAGUUCCGCGUCCGAGUCGACGGUAGCUCGCGCGGACUUCGCCGACCUUAGCAUAAGUUUCUCUUAGAUAUUUCUUUGAUGACGAAGCGCACUCGAGUUCGCACCCGACCUAACCGUAGAUCGACGUCGAUCGUUCGUUUUCUCGAUCUCGAUGUGACAUGGUCGAUGUCUUCCAGCGUUUCAGUUCGAUCCGCGUUCCUCCCGCCAUUUUGAGUACUCGGCGGACGUUGUUUGUGGAGACGAACCGAACGAUUCUCUUACCGUUGGUUAACCUGUCGUAGGUAUUGUUCAGUUUAAGCCACGUUCUUUGUUGUCGGUUGCGUAGCCUCUGUUGCGAUCAUGAUAGAAAUUAUAGAAAUACACCAUCGCGCACUUUGCAUCCAA